CGGGUUUUGGUAACCGCCUCCUGUACGCUUAGAAGAGAGACGAGGGGGAAAGCUUGCUCCGAUCAAAGGCAGUGUGCCUCUUUUGCUGUAUGAUGUACUGAGCGCGCAAGCUGCUUUCUUACGGACGCUCGUAUCUGGAUAUAGCUGAUUUCUGGAUUAUAAAUCAAUCUGAUGUUUUACAUUCUCAACUCAAUGCAGAGACAUGGGUAAACUUCAUUCUAAGCAUGCUGCUAUUUGUAAACCGAGGGAGAGUCCAGAAGGCGACAGUUUCGUAGUCAAUGCCUGUUUGGCGAGGAAAGGGAUCGACGACUGGCUCGUGAAACAGAAAUACUAUUGCACGGGCUCGCGGCUGGAGCAACAGGACUGUCAUCAUAAGAAUAGCUGCGGAUUGUCUACAAGGGUCCCCUUGGAUGAAGCGUGUGCAGAAGGAAUCAGUGAUGAACAUUACCGUUUAGAAGUGGCUCUGCCCCCAGAGAAGUCGGCCGGGUGCUGUGUGGAGGAGAAGAGGCAGGGCAAAGAGAGCCAGGCGCCCACAGGCACACAGAAGCAGCUCCAGUUUGAAGAGCUGGAGUGUGCAGUGUCAGUAGAGGAGGACAACAGGCAAGAGUGGACUUUUACCCUGUAUGACUUUGACAACAAUGGCAAGGUCACCAGAGAGGACAUCACCAGCUUGCUCCACACCAUCUACGAGGUUGUGGACUCCUCCGUCAACCAUUCCCCCAGCAGCAGUAAGACUCUGCGGGUGAAGCUCUCCGUGGCACCAGACUCCAGCCAGCGGUGGAGGAGCUGCACUCAGGGCGUCACAGGCAUGCCUCACCCCAGACACAAAACUGACAAGUUCAUCGAAGACCCAAAAAGUGCAGACAAGAAGUCCCGGGCCCUACUCAGGCGCCACCACAGCGACCACCACACCCAGCAGGGAUGCCAGAGAAACUGUGUAGACGAGAACCUGGAGCGGAGGAACCACUACCUGGACCUGGCUGGCAUUGAGAACUACACCUCCCGCUUUGGUACUGCCCCGGUAGCCACAGAGCCAGUGAAAGCAGAGCCCCAGACUCGGCAAUCCAACCAAACCAGGUCCCGCUCCCACGAACCAGAGAACGGCCACGCCUACCCCCAUCACCGACGCUCGCAGACUGUCACAGAGGGUGCGGGCCCUGUGGACAGCCUGUGUCCCGCCAAGCCCCGUGCGGGCCAGGACCCAGGAAAACACGCCCUCCGCUCCCCCAAGACCCACGGCCGCACUCCCCCCACGCAGGCCACCGGCCGGGUGAUGAGGAGCCGGGGGGUGCCCCCUCCCCCAGCGCUGCCUAGCCAGACCCCCCCUCACCAGUCCACGGCACCCUACCGUAGACACAAGCAGAAGGCCAAGGACGGGGCCACGCUGGGCUAUCGGCCCCUGGGCACCCUGGGGGCGUCUGUUGGGCCGGUGGUGGAGAAGGAGCAGGUCAGGGACCUGCCCAGCGUCCUGCUCUACGAGGGGGGACUGGCCCAGGUGGUGCAGCGGCAUGAGCAUCACCACCACCAUGAACACCACCACCACUACCACCACUUCUACCAAUCCUGAACCCCAGCCAGCCAGCCUUCCCUCUCGCCCCCUGCUGCUCCACCCCUGGCAGACAGACACAACAGGAAGGCCCCUCCUGAAGCACACAACACAGCCAAGCACAGCCAGGACUGUGACAGUGGGGGCCUGGGCCAUGAGAGCUGGCACUGUAGAAGGAGACACAGGGAGAAGAAAGAAACACAAACAUAGAUAGACACAGAGCGGGAGUUGAGAGGGAGGGAGAUUGAGGGCGCGAGGAGGACAUGGGGAGGAGGGAGCAACAGCCGCCACGGUGGGAAGAGGGUCAUCCUGAGGUUGUCCAGGCAUACAGACGCCAUGUUGGGCAGGAGGACAGUGCCAGGAUUGAGGAGAGGAGCCUGGGAUGAACAGUAUUAACAGAGCACUCCUCUGGUGGCUCUGCAUCCAGCCCCUCUAGACUGAUGGAGCUCACAGUGCCAAACCAGAACAUUCUCCUCCCACACCACUGGCUCAAACGAUUGCUUCAGAGAGGAGGGGGUCAGAAAGACUGUGAUGUAUAGAAGUAAAUUAAUGAAGGAAAACAAGUUGAAGGGAUAACAGAACCUGGAGCGUGUGAGAGUGGAUGAGAUGUGUGUGUGUGUGUGUGUGUGCGCAUACAAAAUAUGUAUGUGGGUGCGAGUGUACGAUUAGUGUACGAUUGUGUGUUCAAUGACUGUCAGAUACCCUGUCCUCACUGAAGACCACUUGAAGAGCACUUGUCAUGUGGUAGUAUUUGAGACACUUUGGGCUGUCAGGAGACAGGCAUUGGAUAGGAAACUGAAGACCCUGACAAACAUGCAAUACAGGAGACAGCCGACAAAAUGAAAAGGAAAUGUCUAAUUCAGAAUAGAAGACGCUAAGCAGCUCCUACCUCUAGUAUUAUAACUGUCUGUAUUAUGAUUAUUGUUAUUAUUCAGAUGCUAUGUUAAUUUACAUUUUUCAAAACAUGCCACAAUCUGCAGACAUAUAGUGCAUUUAUUACUUACAUAUUGUAUGUACAUGUUUAGCACUACAGGUAUACUGUUCUUAUCGUCAUUAUAAGCUUUAUUGAUAAUGUGAUAUGUUUGUAUCAGCAAUUGGAAAAAUAUGUCAUUUUUCACUUUGAACCCGAUCAGUUUGGUUUUCGGCACCACUUUGUCUUGAUGUUCUCUCUGGAGCUUCACCUCUGUGACACUCAUGGAGGCCCUGGCUGUCCUUGGCACAUUCACACACACAUGCUAUGACCUCCAUAGGAACUGAACCCAAAACCUCAACGUGUCAAAAGCAUGAGGUCGAAACCGCCCUUGCUCUUACAAAGAAUCACACAGUCCCGAAAGUAGAUUUGGGGGAGUUGGUUGCCGUUUCCUGGUCCUCGGGGUCCAGCUGGAGGUACAUGGCCGGCCCCUCAGUCCUAGUGACAUCCCCAGUGUCAUUGUCCCCUCACUCCCCCCAGUGUCCCCAGCUGUCAGCAGCUCCUUCAGCGGGGCUCCAUGUGUCCCUAGCGCUCAGCCAACAAGGCUCUGUUUAUGAGGCGCAGCGGCCGAAGCUCUCAGCUGUCUCAUUCCACUGGUGCUACAUGACACAGGGCCCGGCCCGCAGGCUCCACUCCACCCAUAACUCACCCGCUCAGACCUGCUGUCACGGACAGCACCUCCCACCCUCUAGUCGGGCUGCUCUCUUACCCCCAGGCUCCAUGCCUCGAUCGGGGGGUCUGGAGGAGCAGUGUCCUCAUCUGGUGGAGGUUAGGUUGGCCCGUCUGGGUUGAGGACACUUAAAGCUCCUGAGUGUGUUUUAUGAGCAGGUGUGAAGGGUGUAAAACCCAGAUGUAUAGCACCUCUCCAGAGGCGUGUUAAACUUUACACCAGGUAUGCAAACAAACAUCCAAACUCUUCGGAUUGGCUUUGGAUGCAUUUGUUCUUGUGUGUGUCUGUGUGUGUGUGUGUGUGUGUGUGUGUGUGUGCUUUGAGGAAAAUAGGAAUCCUGUGCAUUCCUGGCCUGCCCCCAGCCCAGCAGUGCCCUCACACAGCUGCAGGCUGUCCAUUAGCACAAGCACCAUAGAGAUGGCCCUCCCAUGGGACCCUCCCUCACGCACACACACACACAUGCUCUCCAGGGAGAUCACAGCUGCACCCCCCACACCCACACCCCGUCAGGACGCUUUUGCUGGCGUCCCAUGGACUCACGCAUACACACAGCCCUUUGUCAACAUUUUCACCCUAACCCCACAACCCUUCUGAGGGUGAUGAUGCUACCACCUGCCCCCCUUUCCAUAGUCUUCCAGAACGUGAAAAAUCAGCGCUCGUUGUUGAGGCCCAGACAGCGUCCGCGUCUUCCUGGGUGGUCUCAUUAGGCAUGGUGUGUGUGUGUGCUGCCUUGUGUAUCAUUCAGAUGGGGGCACAGACACUUGGCGGCACGGCCUCCGGCCGUGACGUGUGGACAGCUGAGUGAUCCACAGAUCCUUUCAGACACCAUGGCUAACUCGGUAUCUGCCAGGCCACUCAUCCUUCCUAAUACCCCUCUGUCUCCCCCAUCCACACCUUCAGAUGAAUGGUGCCAUGUGCCUCCAUGGGAACAUUAGUGGCUCUUCUAAUAGGACGCUUUAAAAUGACUCGCCAAACAAAUCUUUCUCAGAUUUACAACCACAGUGUUCACAGCCAGAACACCAUUCCCUCAUGUAUCCCACCACUAAGUUAUAUUUUGUAAGAAUCAUUUAUCUUUGUUUUUAACUAAUGUAAAUAGGAUACGGACUGCAGGAAGGUUAUACCAGUAUCGUGUAGAAGAAAAUAAGCUUAUUUAUAAUAUUUGAACGACUGAGCGAAUAAACGUCUGCCAAGUUAUCUAACUUGCCUACUUCUGCAGUAUCCGCUGUGCCAAUCAGAGCUAGCAGGGAAGGGUAGUACUUUUGGACGUAAAUGGAAAAAAAAUUCUAGCACUCGCUGUUUCUCAAUAGCAGAUUCACUUCUGCGUUCCUCCCACCUGUUUUUCAUGACUUUGUUUAGUUUCUAUAGAUGGUUUUGAUUAAUUGCUUUAUUUAUUUGAAAGCAGAACUGUGCCAAGGGGAAAUAUGCCCUUUCAUUAAAGUAUGAAACUGUU